AAUGGGCAAAUAUUUACACGCCGAGUGGGUAAAUAUGAUAUAGGGAGGACCAUUGGUGAGGGAACAUUUGCAAAGGUGAAAUUUGCAAAGAACACUGAGACCGGGGAGCCUGUGGCUCUCAAGAUUCUAGACAAAGAGAAGGUUCUCAAGCAUAAGCUGGCUGAGCAGAUCAGGCGAGAGAUAGCUACGAUGAAGUUAAUCAAACAUCCAAAUGUUGUUCAAUUAUAUGAGGUCAUGGGGAGCAAGACAAAAAUAUAUAUUAUUUUAGAGUAUGCUAUUGGAGGAGAACUCUUUGACAAAAUUGUAAACAAUGGACGAAUGGGUGAAAAGGAAGCUCGUAGGUACUUCCAGCAGCUUAUAAAUGCUGUUGAUUACUGCCAUAGCAGGGGUGUGUACCACAGAGACCUUAAACUAGAGAACUUGCUAUUGGAUUCUUCUGGUAACCUAAAAAUUUCUGAUUUUGGAUUGAGUGCACUUUCCCAACAAGUCAGGGAUGAUGGACUGCUCCAUACUACAUGUGGAACUCCAAAUUAUGUUGCUCCUGAGGUUCUUGAUGACGGAGGCUAUGAUGGGGCAGCUGCAGAUUUGUGGUCAUGUGGUGUGAUCCUCUUUGUAUUGCUUGCAGGUUACUUGCCUUUUGAUGACUCUAAUAUUUUGAACCUUUAUAAAAAAAUUUCAGCUGCUGAAUUUACUUGCCCCCCAUGGUUUUCUUUUAGUGCCAGGAAAUUGAUAACUAGAAUCUUGGAUCCCAAUCCUGUGACGCGAAUUACUAUACCUGAGAUUUUGCGCGAUGAAUGGUUUAAGAAAGACUAUAAACCCCCAGUUUUUGAGGAGAAAAAGGAGGCCAACCUUCGUGACGUAGAAGCCAUCUUUAAAGAUUCUGAAGUGCACCAUGUAAAGGAGAAGAAGGAAGAGCAGCCAACAUCUAUGAAUGCAUUUGAAUUAAUAUCCUUGUCCAAAGGGCUGAAUCUUGAAAACUUGUUGGACAUAGAUCAGGGAUUUAAAAGGGAAACAAGGUUCACUUCAAAACGCCCUGCCAAGGAGAUAAUCAACAAGAUUGAAGAAGCCGCAAAACCUCUUGGUUUUGAUGUGCAAAAGAAAAACUUCAAGAUGAAGCUUGAAAAUGUGAAAGCUGGAAGGAAGGGAAACCUCGGCGUUGCCACAGAGAUAUUUCAAGUGGCACCUUCUCUUCAUGUGGUUGAGGUGCGGAAAGCAAAAGGCGAUACAUUGGAGUUCCUUAAGUUCUACAACAAGCUUUCAACAUGCCUGGAGGAUGUUGUUUGGAAAACUGAAGAUGACAUGCAAGAUGCAAAGUGA